GACAGGAUUGAUGAGGUCACGCACCUCCUCUAUCAGCAGAGGGAGGGAGGAGUCAUGUGACAUGCAGAUGAGGAAGGAGUGAGCAGCAGGUGCACAGGCAGGACAGAAGCGCCUGAGCUUGGACCUGCUCACACACAGGUAUGCAGUCUUUGGCCCAGGAGAUCCAGAGCUUCUCGCGCACCCGCCUGAAGAAGCAGUGCACCCGGGUGACGUCUCUGAGCGGGCGACGGAUCAUCGAGACAUGGAAGGGCACCAGCAUUACGGUGGAGGAGGAGCACGGUGCUGCAGGUCGUGCUCUGGGCUACGUCCCUGACACCUCCUGGGACCUACAGGUGGGGGCCAUCAGACCAUACCUACUGCUUGGCUCUCAGGACGCUGCCCACGACUUUGCUACUCUCCAAAAACACAAGGUUUCCCACAUCCUGAAUGUAGCCUUUGGAGUGGACAAUGUCUUCCCUGAGCUCUUCAUCUACAAAACAAUCAGCAUUCUGGACCAGCCUGACACAAAGCUGACCCCCCACAUCCAGGAGUGCUGCGACUUCAUCACACAAGCCCGCAACGAGAAAGGCGUGGUGCUGGUCCACUGUAACACUGGUGUGUCCCGAGCUCCGGCGGUCAUCAUUGGUUACCUGAUGUCAUGUGACAGCCUGUCCUUUGAAGAUGCACUCUCAUUGGUCCAAACAGCUCGUCCUAACUCUGCCCCCAACCCCGGCUUCAUGGAGCAACUGCAGAAGUACCAGAGCCCAGCAAUGAAUGGAGGCCUCCACUAGACUUAGAGACAUGGGGUGCUGUGCCUCCUCCUGAGACACAGGGCCUCCCUUCAUUAAAGAGACAUAUUGUGCUUGUGUCUGCUAAUUAUAAUCUAC